UUGAGAUAACAAGCUAGGCAGAGAAUUUAGGUGGCGGCCGGGGGAGAGCUGAAGAACACAGAAGAAAGGCAGCAGGAGUACUAGUGCUGUGUCUUUCUUUAAGAUCAAGAGUUGGAAAAAUGGGAAUAUUGAAUAUUAGGAUGAAUCUCAUCCUGGGGUUCCUAGGACUUUCACUUCUGAAUGGGCUUCUCCUUUGCAAAGGCGACGUCCAUUACUACGAUUUUGUUCUGAAAGAAACAAAUUAUACAAGGCUGUGUAGCACAAAGAGCAUCCUGGUUGUAAAUGGUAGCUUCCCAGGUCCCACAAUUACCAUUCGCAAGGGGGAUACUGUGUUUGUUAAUGUCCACAACCAAGGAUUAUAUGGGGUCACCAUCCACUGGCAUGGAGUGAAACAGCCAAGGAAUCCAUGGUAUGACGGCCCAGAAAAUGUUACCCAAUGCCCAAUCCCAGCUGGAACAAACUUCACUUACGAGGUUAUCUUUUCUGAUGAAGAAGGAACUCUUUGGUGGCAUGCUCAUAGUGACUGGUCUCGUGCUACAGUUCAUGGUGCUAUUAUCAUUCUACCAGCUGUGGGCACAAAGUAUCCAUAUCCACAUCCUGAUGCACAGCAAACAAUUAUACUCGGAUCAUGGUUUAAGGGGGAUCUGAAGGCCAUACCGGAAGAGGCCCUCGUAACGGGUGGUGAUCCAGAAUUGUCAGAUGCCUAUACCAUCAACGGACAACCGGGAGACUUGUACGAAUGUUCGAAAGAGACAACAUAUCGUCUACUGGUGGACUAUGGAAAGACCUAUCUUCUACGCAUAGUAAACGGCGUGAUGAAUCAAGAACACUUCUUUGGAAUCGCCGGCCACAAUCUGACGGUUGUAGGGACAGAUGCUGCAUACAUCAAGCCCAUUGUAACAGAUUACAUAAUGAUAACCCCAGGGCAAACCAUGGAUGUUUUGGUAACAAUGAACCAAAAUCGCAGUUACUAUUACAUUGCUUCGACUCCUUUUGCUGAUACCAAUGCUCCAUUUGACAACACCACAACAACAGCAAUUAUCCAAUACAACGGGAAAUAUGCAGCACCCUCAUCCAUUCCCAUGCCAAAACUUCCUAGUUAUAAUGAUAAAGAUGCAGCUGAAAGCUUCAUCAAUAGCUUGAGGUCCUUGGCAAGUAAAGAACACCCUAUCAAUGUCCCUAUGGACAUCACUCGACGGAUUUAUAUGACUAUUUCAAUUAACCAGAUUGCUUGCCCUAAUUCUUCGUGUUCUGGGCCUAAUGGCAAUCGGUUUUCUUCUAGCUUAAACAACAUAACCUUUUCGACCCCCUCUAUCUCUGUCCUGCAAGCAUAUUACAAGAGGUUGAGUGGAGUCUACACUACAGAUUUUCCAGAAGAGCCGCCAUAUUUUUUCAACUUCACAGGAGAUGUGGGAGACAACACACUGUACCCAACUCAAGGGACAAAAGUGAUAAUGUUGAAGUAUGGUGAAGCGGUUGAAUUGGUGUUUCAAGGGACUAAUGUUGCAGACGCCCCAGAGAACCAUCCAAUGCAUCUGCAUGGAUUUAGCUUCUAUAUGACGGGGAUAGGUUCAGGGAAUUUCAACAAUGAAACUGACCCAAAGAAUUUUAAUUUAGUUGAUCCACCAGAGGUUAACAGCAUUGGGGUUCCAAAGAAUGGAUGGGCUGCCGUCAGAUUUGUUGCCAAUAAUCCGGGGGUAUGGUUUAUGCACUGCCAUUUGGAAAUUCAUGCAACAUGGGGCAUGGGCAUGGUGUUCAUAGUGACAAAUGGUCCCACUAGGGAUACAAGCAUGCGCGUACCACCAGCUUAUAUGCCUCCUUGUUCCAAGACCUAGUUUAAGCUUCUUAUAAUUCUUGAUCUAUAUGCUUGCUUCAAUCAUAAUAUUAAUGCCUCGAUGUAAUAAUGUUGCGAGUUACUUAUAUUUCUUGAAGAAAUAAAGGAGUUGAAAUGAUAUACAUUCAACUUAAUUCCAUUAAUGGUUCUAA